AUGUUCAUAUUUGAUUUUCGGGUUGACGAGUGUGAUAAAGAUGAUAACUUUAAUGAUACUUUCUAUCAAAACGAUUCUCCAAGUUGCUUGUACCAAGAGGAAACUUCCUCACUUAAUUGCCACGAAGCCACAGAAAUUUUAUCUUCGCAAUCUAUUCUGGACAAUGUCGACGUCUAUCGUCUGCAAUGUCAUACUAAAAUAUUGAAGAAUGUUUGUAUAUCACAUUUAAGCGGCGGUUUUUUAUUAGGGGACAUAAGGAAUGCCUCUAAGUCAGAUAUUAAGAAAGCCCACGACCAACAUUCUAAUUUAGUGCCAGGCGUUUAUGAAGGUGGUGCAAAGAUCUGGGAGUGUACUGAUGACAUUUUAAAUUUUAUGGCUGAAAAGUACUCUCUAGAUUGGUGGACGCGUAAAAGAGUACUUGACUUGGGCUGCGGUGCUGGUUUACUGGGCAUUAACGCCUCCAAACAAGGGCUCGUGUCGAUUUUCAAGAUUAUGUAUGUAUUAGGUGAUUGGAGCAAUUGGACAGAGUUCUGCAAAGGCGCCUAUAUUUAUGAUGUUGUUUUAACCACCGAAACUAUUUACACUCCCAGAAAUCAAGAAAAACUGUUACGUUGCCUAAAAGCUAAAUUAAAACUGAACGGCGUCGUUAUUUUGGCUGCGAAAACUCACUAUUUUGGAGUUGGUGGCGGACUGCAUCAAUUCGAAGCACGAUUAAACGCAGAAAAAUGUUUCAACUAUCAGAUUGUAUGGACUUCAGGCGAAGGCGUCAGCAGACAAAUUUUACUACUAACGAGAAGAAGGUGAAGAAGAGUAAUAUGUCUAUUCUAGAUUAAAUUUUGUA